AUGAGCAGAAAAAGGGCCGAGUCGUUGAAGGGCUUGCCACUUCCAACCUCCAAUCGCCCUCAAAGCGAUAAAGAAAUGGCUUCAAUGCAUAACUAUAGGGAAAGCGGUAUUCUCCUUCUCUCUUUAACUCAAUCUCGGCAAGCCUGGACGAGUUCAAUUUUGAAGAAGUUUUCCAGCAAGCAAGACGUUGUUUAUCAUCCCGUUUUGCCGGAACAUACAAAUCCAAAUGCGAGUGUUUCCCUUCUUGGAAAAUGUCAUAUUACCAUAGGACCGCACACCUUCUAUGACACAAAGAUUUAUGAAGCUGUCUAUGAAGCAAGAAAUCCAGACGUACAGUGUGGGAACUUGCAAAUUCAGCCAAACUCACUGACUGGAUCGCAAUUCCAAACGCUACCUCAAACCGCGUCACAACCCGAUGCACAGAUGCUGCCACAAUCAUUAGCGCAACCCGUUGCCUUGCAAACUUCAACUCAAACACAACAAAGCUCAACGCAAAAAAUAAAUUCAUAUUCAACAUCUUCACGACCAAUACAACCAGCAAUACAACCACGACCAGCAAAUCAAACACAGUCACAGGUGCCGAUUCAACCGCGAGGAACCGCCAAGAUAUCUGCUCGAUCAACACCCUCGAAUUCACCUACACCUUCCGCCGUUCCAGCUUCAUCCAUGAAUACUCAGAACAUAAGUUCGAAUGUUUCUUCUUAUGUGAAUUCCAACUUAAGUUCUUCGUCUGCGAGUGGAAAUACUCAAAGCAUGAACGGUUCAAGAGUUGUACCAUCAUCUGCUCUACCGGCUAAUUCUCAACUUACCGCAUUAUUCCAGACUAUUACACCAUCUCAAAUAUUGGUCAUCCAAGAACAAUUACGACAGCCACAGGCAGCAAUCAAUAUGACCCCAGAACAAAAAACUGCCUUGAUAAAUCAACUAACCACGAUUCAUCAGUUAUUGACAUCGCCUCAACAACCUCAACAGACGCAACAACAGCUGCAGCAGAUUCAUUCGAGACCACAACCUUUAGCUACGAGAUCCAAGCAAAUAGUUAGAUAUGAGCUCCUUUUGGAAUUUAGGGAAACUAAAAGCGAUAAAUGGUUGUUUCCAAAAGAGGCGGUCCUAGAGGCUAUGUCAAUGUCAGAACCUUACGACGUAUGA